CCGAACUCAUACUAAUAGUUGGAACACGGGUUGGGUCAUGUUCUACGGGUUGUGUAAUCCAAAAUCCAAACCCAACCCAAAAAAGGCGGGUUGUACAAAAGAAAUUCAUCACCCAACCCAAAACCUUCGUUUUAGCUAUAAAUACGGGUGGGUUGGGUUGGACGGGUGGGUCGGUUUGUGGGUGUAUUUGUUCACCCCCUAGUCAAAGGGAUAUUCCUUCUUUAUCAAGAAUUGAUAGGUGCCUUAUUUGUGAUCAAUUUGAUGCAACUUUUGUAAAUUGUAGGUUGAAAGCUUUGGAAAGAUUCGAGUCUGAUCACAAUCCAAUCCAGCUUGUUUGGGGCAAUGCGGAGAAGAUUCAGUGCCCAUGGAAGUUUGAAAACAUGUGGCUUGAGGUUGAUACCUUCUAUGACAAAGUUGAAAGCUGGUGGAAUGAGCAGUUGAGCGGGGUAGGGGAUAUCUUUCGGUUUGGGAAGAAAUUGGGAAGAGUUAAAAAGCAUGUCAAAGUUUGGAACAAGGAAGAAUUUGGGAAGAUUAACAUCAAAAGCGACGAGAUGCUUCAAGGGAUUGGUGAUAUUGACAGGAAAGAGGAAGCAAAUGAUAUCUGAAGAGGAAAGACUGACGAGAGAGAGGCUGAAAUCUGAAUUGGAGAAACUAUUGUGGCUCGAAGAAAUCUUCUGGAGACAGAAGUCCAGGGAAGUUUGGUUAAAAGGAGGAGAUAGCAACACCCGCUACUUUCACAAAAUGGCUAACUUCAGAAGAAGGAAAAACCUUAUUGCAAAAAUAAAAUUUAAUGGCUUGGGGGUCGAAGGUAAGGAUGAGUUGAAGAGGGGUUUUAUCAACCAUUUCUCCUCCAUUUUCAAAGAGGUCCAGAAGAGACGACCGUUUCCCACUUCGUAUGGACAGUCUGCUUUCUCCUAUAAUGAGAAGGAGUGGCUCGAGAGGCCUUUCUCUAAAGAAGAGAUAUGGAAGGCGGUUAGAAGUUGCAGAGGAGACAAAUCCCCCGGUCCUGAUGGUUUCUCCUUGGCUUUCUACAAGCGGUGCUGGAAUACUAUUAAAAGUGAUCUUCUGUUAGCUUUUGAAGAUUUUCACGCUAAUGGGCACUUUCCUAACUGCGUCUCUCACUCGUUUAUUUGCCUCAUCCCAAAGAAGGAUGAUGUCGAAGAUGUUAAAGACCUAAGGCCGAUUAGCUUGAUCGGAAGUGUCAAUAAGUUUAUCUCUAAGGUUGUCACUGACAGAUUAAGAGAUUUUUUGCCUCGCAUUGUGUCGGGUAACCAAUUCGCAAGGGUGAGAGGAAGGAAAAUUCACGAGGCAACUCUUAUUGCCAAUGAACUCAUCGAUAGCAGAAAGAAGAGCGGGAAGCUUGGCCUUGUCUUCAAGCUUGACAUUGAGAAGGCGUUCGAUAAUGUUAAUUGGAGAAAAUUCUCCAAUGUUGGGACUUCUCGCCUAAAUUUCGGAGAUGGAUAAGUGGGCUGGUCACCUCGCCUCUUCUCUCAGUUCUUGUCAACAGAGAAUCCGCAGGUUUUUUCAAAAUGGAGAAAGGACUCUGGCAAGGGGAUCCUAUUUCCCCUUCCUUUUCAUGCGUGUGAUGGAUAUAUUGUCUUUCAUUCUCGAGUCUUUGAAGAUCGAUGGACGUUUAACUGGCUUCAGAAUGGAUGAAGCUGGGCGAAGUUACUCACCUCUUAUAUGCUGAUGAUACGAUCGUCUUUUGUGAUGCGUGUGAAGAGCAGGUGCUGAUCCUGCUAACUGCUAAGCGCCUUAGUCUGUUUUAAGGCGGUGACCGGGCUAAGAAUUAAUGUGGAAAAAUGCCAGAUGUUUCCUGUCGGCAAGGUUCAUUAGCCUGGCCGUUUUGCCAAUAUUUUUGGAUGCUCCUGGAAUUUUCUUCCUUCGGUCUACUUAGGGCUUCCCUUCAGUGCGAGGCCAAAUUCUUGUGUGAUGUGAGACAAGAUAAUUGCUAAAUUGCUGAUGAGGUUGGACGGGUGGCAAGGAAAAUUCCUCUCCCUGGGAGGACGAAUCACCCUUAUUAGAAGUACCCUCUCGAGCCAGCCUGUUUAUGCUUGCUCUGUCCUAAAAGCUUCAGCCGCUGUUGUUCGAAGAUUGGAGAGUUGUAUGAGGAACUUCUUGUGGUCUGGGUAUAUUAACGAAAGAAAGAUUCAUCUUCUCAACUGGAAUAACUGCAAGACCGCUAAGAAAGUCGGUGGUCUGGGAAUCCUCAACAUUAGAAGCCUAAAUUCUGCUCUUCUCAGGAAAUGAUUGUGGAAGUAUGCUACUCAUCCAACAGCGUGGUGGCGCUGUCUUAUUAAUAACAAGUACCCCAAGCACUAUUCUCAUUGGAGAUCUGGGAAGGGGGACAAUAGAUUGGGAUGUUCUUUGUGGAAAAAUAUCCUGAAAGAAGAAUCGGAGUUUUGGAGACAUGCUUUUAUUAACGGUGGUGCAUGGGUUUCGUUCUGCAAGGAUUGCUGGCUGCCUGGGGUGAUUCUUGAAGAUGCCUAUCUGAAGGUCGCUGUUGCUUCUUCUUCCCUGGAGGCCUGGGUCUCUGAUUUGGUAUCCUUUUCUUCUGAGGGUUUGUCUUGGGAUAUCCCCUUGCGUUUUUCGUUAAGGGGUGGGGCUGAGAGGGAUAGAGUGAGAUUAUUACAAAUGCUUUCUUCUGUUUCUACUAAUUUGAUCUCUGCAUGAUCCAGUAAGAUCAUGUGGCGUCCCUCCGCAAAUGCUCGCUUCUCGGUUAAGUCUUCUUAUGAUUGUUCUAUGUCCAUCAAAUUCCCAGGCGAGCCUGAUUUCCCUGCCAAAGAAAUUUGGAGGCCGCAUGUUCCGUCAAAGGUUUCUGCCUUCAUGUGGAUGGUCACUCAUAAAAGGAUUCUUACCCACGACAAUCUGAAGAAAAGAGGUUGGACGCUUGCUAGCAAAUGUGUUCUCUGUAAGAGCGAGAAGGAGACCGCAGAUCACCUUUUCUGUAGCUGCAAGUGGAGUAAAUAAUUGUUUUAGUUGGUUUUGCUGUUUUUUUGGCUUCUUCUUGUCCAUGUCUGGAUCGCUUCUUGCGAUCUGAAUGGUGCUUCUGUACUCUUGUAUUUUAGUUCGAUUCUAAUAUAAUCACCCUUAUAAAAAAAAUUAUUUAUU